CGCACUUCCAGGAACUCGAGCAGAUUUGCAACUGAACUAAAUUUUCUGCCUUGCUGGGUUGCCAGGUGCUAUUUGGUCAGCAUGGCCUCAGCAGCGGACAGCUGCAUACAAUUCACCAGACACGCCAGCGACGUGCUCCUGAACCUGAAUCGGCUUCGGAGCAGAGACAUUCUCACUGAUGUCACCAUCCUGGUGGAUCGACGGCAUUUCCGUGCUCACAAGACGGUGCUGAUGGCAUGCAGUGGCCUUUUCUACACUAUCUUCACUGAUCAGAUGAAGUUUAACCUGAAUGUGAUCAGUCUGGACCCUGAUGUUGACCCAGAUGGGUUUGGGAUAUUGCUGGAUUUCAUGUACACAUCCCGCCUCCCCCUGCGAGACAGCAGCAUCAUGCUGGUCAUGAACACCGCCCUUUAUCUCCAGAUGGACCAUGUGGUCAGCACCUGCCACCGGUUCCUUCAGUCCAGUGAUGACGUCCAUUCUACAAUCAAGCCGACGAGACCGGAAUUCCUGUCUAGCAACACAAUGCUACCUCCUGAAGUCUUGACCUUUCGGAAGUCCGAAGUAGUUGAGGGCAUGUUGGUGCGAGGGACAUCCCUCAAUGACGGGAGGGCUUUAGCAUCGGGCAUGUAUAAUGGAAUGAGCCCUUCCUACCCCCUGUACAGCCACCUGCCUGCUCACAAUUUCUCUGGCAGUCCUUACCCGAGUCAUGAGUUCAGAGAUGCGCAAACCCCCUUGACUGAGAUCCAGAAGGUGAGAAGAUACCAAGGUUCAUGUGUGGUGCAAGACAACACAGACCCGAUGUACAAGUACAGCAGUAGGUCUGCGGGUGACACGGCCAAUAUUUGUUACUCAAAUGCUUUCUUUCCCAGAGAGAGUCGUAGGGAAGAUGAAGGUAAAAUGGAUUUGCAUUACAGUCCAAGCCACAGCACACAACCAGCAGUGCCGCUGCUCAGAACCAGCGUGGUGAGUUACUCAGCCCCACUGCAGACCAAGAGCAACAAGGUUCAGGAAACCAAUGGCUCGGCAGAUGAGCCGCAAGGACAUGUUACGCCCAGCAGCCCGACCGUCAACCCGAAAGGUGUUCCAAUUGGACCGCAGAGCCCACUCAAAUCCGACUGCCAACCCAACUCCCCCACCGAGUCCAGUAGCAGCAAGAAUGCUUUCAGGAGCCAGGGCUCCGAGUCUCCCACUGCCAAGAGUCCGAUUGACCCCAAAGCCUGUAACUGGAAAAAGUACAAAUUCAUCACCCUGAACUCCCUGAACCAGAGCUCCAAGCCUGAGAGCGAGACCCAUCUGGAACAAGAGACUUUCACCUGUUUGCCCACACCUUGCCGGCAGCAGGAAAACCUGGACGCCCAGAUUCCAGCAAAAAUGGAUGUUAGUAGUGAUGAUGUGACCUCUCCCCAAGCCAGUAAACUCAACAGCAUUGUGAACCGGCUGCCUGGGGGCUCCUCGCAGGAGAGCGAGCGUGACUCACCAGUACACAUGUACUCACGCAAGUGCAGCUCCUGUGGCUCACACUCUGACCUCUGCCACCACCCUCCUCCCAGCCACCUGGGUGAGGAGCUGACCGAGACUCAGUCAGAACUCUCCGACUGCAGCUCAGAUAAUGGGUCCUUUUUCUGCACCGAAUGUGACUCCAAGUUUGCCGAGGAAGCUGCUCUGAAACGGCACACGCUGCAGGCCCACAGUGACAAGCCGUACAAAUGUGACCGGUGUCAGGCUGCCUUCCGCUACAAGGGCAACCUGGCCAGCCACAAAACUGUGCACACAGGUGAAAAGCCCUAUCGGUGCAGUAUCUGUGGGGCACAGUUUAACCGGCCGGCCAAUCUGAAGACUCAUACUCGCAUCCACUCGGGGGAGAAACCUUAUAAAUGUGAGACCUGUGGAGCUCGCUUUGUGCAGGUUGCUCACUUGCGGGCACAUGUCCUGAUCCACACCGGGGAGAAGCCGUAUCCCUGUGAGAUCUGUGGCACCCGCUUCCGGCACCUCCAGACCCUCAAGAGCCACCUCCGCAUCCACACCGGAGAGAAACCCUACCAU